AUGACCAUUCAGAACCGCGGUCUCGCUUCUUCGCGCCGGAAGUCGCGCGCGGCGCACUUCAAUGCUCCCUCGAGCCAGCGCCGUGUUAUCAUGAGCGCUCACCUCUCCAAGGAGCUCCAGGCCAAGUACAAUGUCCGCUCCAUCCCCAUCCGCCGCGACGAUGAGGUUACCGUGGUCCGGGGUUCCCAGAAGGGCCGUGAGGGCAAGGUCACCAGCGUCUACCGUCUGAAGUGGGCCAUCCACGUUGAGCGUGUUGUUCGCGAGAAGAGCAACGGCCAGAGCGUUCCUCUUCCUCUCUCCGCCUCGAACGUCGUCAUCACCAAGCUCAAGCUUGACAAGGACCGUGAGCAGAUCCUCGAGCGCAUCGGCAAGGGUCGUGAGGCCGUCAAGAGCAAGUCUGCUUAA